AUGGCCGCUCAGAUCGCUUACUACGAGCUGUACCGCGGGAGCAGCCUCGGCCUGUCUUUGACCGAUACUCUGGAUGAUUUGAUCAACGAGGGCCGCAUCGAGCCGCAGCUCGCCAUGAAGAUCCUUUCAACAUUUGACCGCGUUGUCACCGAAGUUCUGGCGGACAAGGUUCGGGCCAGGCUAACAUUCAAGGGUCACCUUGAUACCUACCGAUUUUGCGACGAAGUCUGGACAUUCCUGAUCAAGGACGUCACAUUCAAGCUGGACAACCAGACGCAAGUCACGGCUGAUAAGGUCAAGAUCGUGAGCUGCAACAGCAAGCGCCCGGGAGAGGUUUAA